AUGCGGCAGUCGACCGAGCCUGCCGAAUGGUCUCCAUCCGCGAUCUACGGACGCAUUAAGACGUUGAUUUUCCUGCGGCAUGACCCUGCUCCAUUUCAUAUGCUCACAAGCCUCUGUAUCUUGGGUAUCUGGCUCGCUUACUCCCCCGAAGACUUUGUUCUGGAUAAUUGUUGGCAAUGGAUAGGUAUGGCCAUUCGGCUGGCUGUCCAGUUGCGAUUGCAUGAGCAGGAAACAUAUGCCACACUACACCAUCCUGGAAGGAUUAGAAGGAUAUGGUGGUAUCUCUUCAACAACGAUACAUUACAAAUGGCCUGCUCCGGACGCCCUGGGGUGUUCCCCUUGAAGCAGACUCGUGUGAGCUUACCGGUCCCGAGUGAUUUCGAUCACCAAGACACUGGCGCCCGGGUCUUCUGCGAGCUUACCUCCCUCUGCAAAUUGCUCAGAGUGAUCCUGGAGCAUGGCCAAGACGAUAGCUGUUCACAGGGAGAAGUUGAUUCAACAUUGGAUAAGCUUGGUCUAUGGAGACAACGCUUGCCUUCGGACCUGCAGCUUUUCGAUAUAUCUGCGAACACGAGGCAACCAUAUAAUCGCCAAGUUAUUGAACUGCACGUCAUCUAUCUGGCAACCACCAUAUUAGCCAGCUUCCUUAGUCGGCGCGACAAUCCAUCAUUGUUCAAAUACGCGUCAAUGGCAGCUUCAUCCUGCAUCUCCCGACUCUACGAAGAAAUUCUCCUUCACGAAGAAGUCACAUAUCUCCUCCCAAUACACUCUUGGGUGAACUUGGUUGCAGCUAUCCCACGAGCAUUCACUGAUAGCGAUACGUUGAACCCGGAGCGAGCCCACGAACUGAAAAUCAGCCAGCAGGUGCUGGACAAGCUAGGGGAGAAGCACACAUCCGCUGUUAUGAUUCGAACCCGGCUGGAAACACUCAGAAACCCCGGCGAGGGGGAAUUUUCUUCAUCUGCAGAUAUAUUGUGGCAUUCACUCCCUGCACCAGUCUUAGAUGAUAAGGAACAGCGUGUGCUCUUUUUGUUCCAUUUUCCUGUCAACUUCUCUCCGAUGUUGGAUUUUCUCAGCGCGGUGGGAAGUCUAGACCAGCAGCAACUCGAUUCUUUCGCCAUGGAUAAUAAUGCUGUGGAUUGGUCUAUCGAGUGGUCUUCGUUUUUAUUUGACAGUGCCAUGAGCGUGUAG